GUCACGUGGAAUCAACAAGUAGCUGGCACUUUUAUUUCAAAAAUAACUUGCAUAUUUCGCAAGAGCGCCUUAGCAAAUAUUUAUUGUAACAUUACUUCUUCAAUUCGUUGCUGGUUUAAGUCACUGUAAGCCGUACAGUUCCAAUCAUAUUCUUUCUAUACGAAUAUAUCAAAAGAAAAAUGGCAAAUAAUGUUUUGGUCGUGGGCAGCGGUGGUCGGGAACAUGCGAUUGUUUGGAAACUGUCGCAAAGCCCACAUGUUAAAGAAGUCUUCGCAGUCCCUGGAAGUGUUGGCAUUGCAACGGUCCCAAAAGCCACCAACGUUUCCUUGGAUUUCAAUAAGUUCGAGGAAGUGGUCAAAUUUUGUAAAACAAACGACGUGUCUUUGGUGGCUGUUGGGCCAGAAGAUCCUUUGGCAAAUGGCAUUGCCGAUGUUUUAACAUCCCAAGGUAUCAAUGUGUUUGGACCUGACAAAAGUGGCGCUCAAAUUGAGGCCAACAAAGAGUGGGCGAAAGCUUUUAUGGACCGGCAUGAUAUUCCAACAGCCAGAUGGAAAUCAUUUAAUAAUUCCAAAGAUGCAAAAUAUUUCAUUAACAGCGCACCCUUUCCUGCUUUGGUAGUCAAAGCCAGUGGACUAGCAUGUGGAAAGGGAGUGGUGGUGGCAUCGAAUAAGCAAGAAGCAUGUGAUGCUGUGGACAUUAUUCUAACUGAGAAAAAGUAUGGUUCGGCUGGAGAAACCGUUGUUAUUGAGGAACUUAUUAAGGGAGAAGAAGUUUCAGUUUUGGCUUUUUGCGAUGGAGAUUCAAUAAAAGCUAUGCUGCCGGCUCAGGAUCAUAAGAGAAUUUUUGAUAAUGAUGAAGGUCCGAACACGGGUGGUAUGGGUGCAUAUUGUCCAUGCCCUUUGCUACCGAACGAAGAAAUGAAGUUCGUGCAAAAGGAAAUUUUAGAAAAAACGCUUAUGGGACUUAGAAAAGAGAAAAUUCAUUACACAGGUGUCUUAUAUUCCGGUCUAAUGCUCACUGCAGAAGGACCGAAGGUGUUGGAAUUCAACUGUAGGUUUGGUGAUCCAGAAACGGAAGUGAUUCUGCCUUUAUUGGAAUCGGAUCUCUAUGAAAUUAUGCUCUCUUGUUGUAAUACCACUCUGGAAUCUCAAGAAUUGCAUUGGAAAGAAAAGCUGAGCGCUGUAGGCGUAGUGAUGGCUUCCAAAGGAUAUCCAAUUUCAUCUAGCAAGGGCCAAGUCAUAAAAGGAGUAAAUGUAGUCAAUUCCAAAGCCAAUCAUGUGGUAUUCCAUUGCGGAACAUCCAUAAAAGAUGAUAGUUUGGUGACCAAUGGCGGAAGGGUUCUAGUAGCAGUCUCAUUAGCUCCAGAACUUGCAAUUGCAGCCGCUAACGCAACGAAAGCUUGUGAAUCAAUUAAAUUUGAUGGAGCUCAAUACCGAAAGGAUAUCGCGCAUAAAGGAGUGGCAAGUUCAAUUCUAAAAUCGGGUAAAUUAACUUACAAACAGAGCGGUGUGGACAUAACAGCUGGCAACAAACUGGUUGACCACAUAAAACCAGCAGCUAAAUCAACCAAUAGAUCGGGAGUUUUGGGAUCAUUGGGUGGCUUUGGUGGGCUCUUCGAUACCAAAGCUGCUGGGUAUAAAGAUCCCUUAUUGGUAUCUGGAACUGAUGGUGUUGGAACAAAAUUAAAGAUCGCUCAAGAGAUGAAUUUACAUGAAACAAUAGGCAUUGAUCUUGUGGCUAUGUGCGUUAAUGAUGUGCUAGCACAUGGUGCUGAACCUUUAUUAUUUUUGGAUUAUUUUGCCUGUGGGGCUUUGGAUGUCGAUGUGGCCAGGCAAGUAGUUAAGGGCAUUGCGGAAGGAUGCAAACAAGCUGGAUGCUCGUUGAUUGGAGGAGAAACUGCUGAAAUGCCUGACAUGUAUCCAACAGGAGACUAUGACCUGGCAGGUUUUGCUGUUGGAGCUGUGGAGCGAUCUCAACUAAUGCCUCAUAUACAGGACAUAACAGCUGGAGAUGUGAUUAUUGGCUUACCAUCAUCAGGAGUGCACAGCAAUGGCUUCAGUCUAGUCAGGAAAGUAAUGAAAUUGGCCGCGGUAAAUUAUCGCGACAAAGCACCAUUCGGCAGCAACGGGAAAACAUUCGGUGAAGAAUUGCUAACUCCGACAAAAAUAUAUGUGAAAUCGGUGAUUGCGGCGGUGAAAACAGGAAAUGUUAAAGCAUUUGCACAUAUAACUGGCGGUGGUUUACAAGAGAACAUUCCUAGAGUACUUCCGGAUCACUUGGCAGUAGAACUUGAUGCUUCAACAUGGGAGGUCCCAUCAGUGUUUUCAUGGGUAGCUACAGCAGGCGGCAUAAGCGAAACGGAAAUGUUAAGAACAUUUAACUGUGGUAUCGGCGGAGUAGUGAUAGUAAAACCGGAACAUAGUCCAGAAAUAUUAUCUAUAGUGAAGCCGGACGGAGGAAGACAAAUAGGGCGGAUAACGAAGAAAGACCAAGAUCAAGUCGUCGUCAAGAAUUUCACCAAUGUACUGGAGCAAACAAUGCGACCUUAUGUGCCUGAGCUGAUUUCCAAAUUGAGUGAGUCCAAGAAAAAAGUUGGAGUACUAAUAUCAGGAAGCGGCACCAACCUACAAGCCUUGAUAAAUGCUACACAAGAUUCUACUCAGCAUUUGGGAGCAGAAAUUGUUUUGGUGAUAUCGAACAUUCCAGACGUUGAAGGACUAAAGAGGGCUGAAAGAGCAGGAAUUGCUUCAAAGGUUUUAAGUCACAAAGACUAUAGAAAUCGAGUAGAUUUCGACAUGGCGUUGAACAAAGAACUAACGAUUGCAGGAGUCGAAAUUGUAUGUUUAGCAGGAUUCAUGCGGAUUCUUAGCGUCGAUUUUUGUGAGAAAUGGAGAGGACGACUUAUUAACGUUCAUCCUGCACUGCUUCCGCUUUUUAAGGGCACGCACGCUCAACGACAAGCUUUGGAAGCGGGAGUGAGAGUCAGUGGAUGCACAGUGCAUUUUGUUGAGCCGGACGUAGAUGCAGGAGCCAUUAUAGUACAGGAAACUGUACCGAUUGAAGUUUAUGAUACGGAGGAGUCUUUGAUUGAAAGAAUAAAAACUGCUGAACACAAAGCAUUCCCUAAAGCUUUGAAAUUAUUGGCAACUGGAAAAGUUCGGUUAGGCAGCGAUAAAAAAAUAUUUUGGUGCUGAAAACACGACACUAAUCGAAUCAUGUUUAGUUUUUUUUCCACUAGAAAUUUAAAUUCAAUGUUAUAAAUUGUAAAUGUUAUUUCCAGUCUGAGGCAAGUUGCAAGUGAAUAUUUAAAAUUACGUGAUUUGUACGUGUACGCAAAAAUGUUAAAAAAAACAUAUAACUGUUAUAUGUUUUUGGUGCGCGGUUAAAAAUAUGACAAUUUCCAAUUGUAAUCUAAGUCAUUUAAUGUUUGUUAAACUCUCACUCGAUAAGACUGAUUUUAUACUAACUAUUUUUGGACCAAUUAGAUAGAAGAUUGUAGAUAUUCUGUAGUAAUUCGGCCGUUUCAAUAUUUUUAUUGUUUUAUAUGCAAUUAACUUUCUGAUGUGAUAUGUAGUUCUAUUCGUAACGAUACUUACGCUCACGCCUCGUGACAAAAUCUCUUAAAUUAUUGCCUCCCUCUAAACAUUGUUACUUAACAAGUUAUAUGUUGAAAUAUACAGUGUGAUUUGCUUCAAAA